AGUGGGUGAGAGAACCCCCCUCGCCCUCUGUACCGAAGGGUGCGCGUGCUUGCUCUGGGCGGUUGCGUGACUGAUUAGAAAGGUGGCGACGGGGACAGGGACAGCGCGCGCGCGCCCUUCGUUAAACGACUUACCGCUGUCGUUGUUGGCGCGUGGUCGGAGCCGCGCCUGCCUCUCCCUUCCCUUCCCCUCCCGCGCGCUCUUGUUCUGUACCCUUCGUGUGUGAGUGUGCACCAGUGGGGGAGGGGAGCGAAUGAGGCGUCUCAGCUCUCCGCCGGUUCAUUUUUGUAUCCAUCCCUUCCAUGGUCCCUGCUCCACCCCUCUGGCUGGAUAGCCUUUGCCUGCUUCAUUUAAUCUCCGGGGCCCUAGGGAAGAAAAAAGGGUCGCGACGGAGGGGGUGGGAAAAAGGUGACGACCUGGCGGCGGUAGCAGGCGGCGGCAGCGGAGAGAGAGGGAGGCACGCGGGGAGGCUGAGGCCCAGAGGAGAAAGGAACAGGGAGCGGCGGCAGCUGCUGAAAUUUUCGGCGUAGCCAUUGGAACCUCCGGGACGGAUUUGGGCUGUUCGGUGUAAAAGGACGGGAUUUAACGCGGUGUGCUAACUGACGGCGGCGGCGUGCUGUGCGGGGAGCGCGGAGGGGAUCCUGCCCGCACCCCCUCCCGCCUCGGCCGCCUGCGAGGAUAAUUCUCCCCCAUCUGGACCAUGGCCGACGACGACGUGCUGUUCGAGGACGUGUAUGAGCUGUGCGAGGUGAUCGGCAAGGGUCCAUUCAGUGUUGUGCGGCGAUGUAUCAACAGAGAAACUGGGCAACAGUUUGCUGUAAAGAUUGUCGAUGUAGCAAAAUUCACUUCAAGUCCAGGCUUAAGUACUGAAGAUCUGAAGAGGGAAGCUAGUAUCUGUCACAUGCUGAAACAUCCUCAUAUUGUUGAACUUUUGGAGACCUACAGUUCUGAUGGAAUGCUGUAUAUGGUUUUUGAAUUUAUGGAUGGUGCAGAUCUCUGCUUUGAAAUUGUAAAGAGAGCAGACGCUGGUUUUGUCUACAGUGAAGCCGUAGCCAGUCAUUACAUGAGACAGAUAUUGGAGGCACUGCGCUACUGUCAUGAUAAUAAUAUAAUUCACAGGGAUGUGAAGCCACACUGUGUGCUACUUGCUUCAAAGGAAAAUUCAGCGCCUGUAAAACUUGGUGGUUUUGGUGUUGCUAUUCAAUUAGGAGAAUCAGGACUUGUUGCUGGAGGACGUGUAGGAACUCCUCAUUUUAUGGCUCCAGAAGUAGUAAAAAGAGAGCCUUAUGGAAAGCCGGUAGAUGUGUGGGGCUGUGGAGUGAUCCUUUUUAUUCUGCUUAGUGGUUGUUUACCUUUUUACGGUACAAAGGAAAGAUUGUUUGAAGGCAUUAUUAAAGGAAAAUACAAGAUGAAUCCCAGACAGUGGAGCCAUAUCUCUGAAAGUGCCAAAGAUCUGGUUCGGCGCAUGCUUAUGCUUGACCCAGCUGAAAGAAUAACUGUUUAUGAGGCACUUAAUCAUCCUUGGCUUAAGGAGCGUGAUCGCUAUGCAUACAAGAUUCACCUUCCAGAAACUGUGGAACAGCUGAGAAAAUUCAAUGCAAGAAGAAAAUUGAAGGGUGCAGUACUGGCAGCAGUAUCAAGCCACAAAUUCAAUUCCUUCUAUGGUGAUCCCCCUGAAGAACUGCCCGAUUUCUCAGAAGACCCUACCUCUUCAGGAGCAGUUUCACAGGUGUUAGACAGCCUAGAAGAAAUCCAUGCACUUACAGAUUGCAGUGAAAAAGACUUAGACUUUCUGCAUAGUGUUUUUCAGGAUCAGCAUCUUCAUACAUUACUAGAUCUCUAUGACAAAAUUAAUACAAAAUCUUCACCACAAAUCAGGAAUCCACCAAGUGAUGCUGUACAGAGAGCCAAAGAGGUAUUGGAAGAAAUUUCAUGUUACCCAGAAAAUAGUGAUGCAAAAGAACUUAAACGUAUUUUAACUCAACCUCAUUUCAUGGCCUUACUCCAAACUCAUGAUGUAGUGGCACAUGAAGUUUACAGUGAUGAAGCAUUAAGAGUUACUCCACCUCCCACAUCUCCAUAUUUAAAUGGAGAUUCUCCAGAAAGCAUCAAUGGAGAUAUGGACAUGGAGAAUGUAACAAGAGUACGAUUGGUUCAGUUCCAAAAAAACACAGAUGAACCAAUGGGAAUCACUUUAAAAAUGAAUGAACUGAACCAUUGCAUUGUAGCAAGAAUUAUGCAUGGAGGGAUGAUUCACAGGCAAGGUACGCUUCAUGUAGGGGAUGAAAUUCGAGAAAUAAAUGGAAUUAGUGUGGCAAAUCAAACAGUGGAACAGUUGCAGAAAAUGCUUAGAGAAAUGCGAGGUAGUAUCACCUUCAAGAUUGUGCCAAGUUAUCGCACUCAAUCUUCUUCAUGUGAGCAAACACACUGGGAGAAAUACUAUAGAGAUUCCCCCUCUACAUCCAGACAGUCCCCAGCUAAUGGCCAUAGCAGCAUUAACAAUUCUGUUUCGGACUUGCCAUCAACAACACAACCAAAAGGACGACAGAUAUAUGUAAGAGCACAAUUUGAAUAUGAUCCAGCAAAGGAUGAUCUUAUUCCCUGCAAGGAAGCUGGCAUCAGAUUUAGAGUUGGUGAUAUUAUCCAGAUUAUUAGCAAAGAUGAUCACAAUUGGUGGCAGGGUAAACUUGAGAAUUCAAAAAAUGGAACUGCAGGCCUCAUUCCUUCCCCUGAGCUUCAGGAAUGGCGAGUAGCUUGUAUUGCUAUGGAGAAGACUAAACAAGAGCAGCAGGCAAGCUGUACUUGGUUUGGAAAGAAAAAGAAGCAGUACAAAGACAAAUAUUUAGCAAAGCACAAUGCAGUGUUUGAUCAAUUAGAUCUUGUCACCUAUGAAGAAGUGGUAAAAUUGCCUGCAUUCAAAAGGAAAACACUUGUUUUAUUAGGAGCACAUGGUGUUGGGAGAAGACAUAUUAAAAAUACACUAAUCACAAAACAUCCAGACCGAUUUGCAUAUCCUAUUCCACAUACAACCAGGCCACCAAAGAAAGAUGAAGAGAAUGGAAAGAAUUACUACUUUGUAUCACAUGACCAGAUGAUGCAGGACAUUUCCAACAAUGAAUAUUUGGAAUAUGGUAGCCAUGAAGAUGCAAUGUAUGGGACAAAACUGGAAACAAUACGGAAGAUCCACGAACAGGGAUUAAUUGCAAUACUUGAUGUAGAGCCUCAGGCCUUGAAGGUCCUGAGAACUGCAGAGUUUGCUCCUUUUGUUGUUUUUAUUGCUGCACCUACAAUUACCCCAGGCAUUAAUGAGGAUGAAUCUCUUCAACGUUUGCAAAAGGAAUCAGAAAUCUUACAGAGAACAUAUGCACACUACUUUGACCUUACAAUUAUCAACAAUGAAAUUGAUGAAACAAUCAGGCAUCUGGAGGAAGCCAUUGAGCUUGUUUGUAAAGCAUCACAAUGGGUACCUGUUUCCUGGAUAUAUUAACCCUGUUACCAGAAGAAUGUGAUCAUUAUUGGAAACCACCUCAUACUUGGAAGAACCUCUUUGUUAUUGACCUUGAGUCAGCAGGUCUUGGCCCCUAGAGACUACCUAGAUGUAGUGUGACCUAAAUUUAUAAUUAUUGUCAUGUCCUUAUAGCUAGGCAAAAAAAAAAUGAUAAUUUAAAGAGACAGUAUCUUUUUUAAUCAGUUCCCCUAAACUUUAUUAAAAUGUAUCUUUAAAUAUAUGUAUUAUUCAAUCCUUUGGAAUGUUAUAUUUUUGGAAUUCAUAGCUUUUAAUUUCAAAGGCCCCUAAAACUGCACAAAAUAGAUGCUGCUUUCUAUAAUCUAUUUUAAUAAUAAUAUGAUCUUUACUUUAUUUGGGGGUGGAACACUACAUCUUUUAGAGUCUGAUUUUGUGAAUUGGAUUCAGUUGCUUUCCUUUAUUUAUUUGAAAUUAUUAGCCCAAUCAUGACCAGAUCAAUACUUAUAUUCUAAUGGCCUUCUUUCGCUUUUUUAAAUCAUUUUUAGGGUAGCAUUUUGAAGUAUUUUCAUGUAAUAUGCAGAUAAUGUGAUACUGUCUCUUUGAAGAACUCUGUAAAACUAAAUAGAGAUUUGAAGUUGGGUCUUGACUCUUAAUGCAUGUGGACAGUUGCAAGCGUUCAUGCCGUUGGUGUAUCUGUGUUGAAAAAACUGUAAUCUACAACAAAGUACAUUCCGUUCAUGGGGGGAAGAUACCCAAGGGAAUAAAAUAAAAUACUAUGACUAAGUUGUAAAACCUAUGCACAUCCCUUGCAUUUUGGGCAACUUUAUAAACAAAAAUCCUAAUUUUUAUUAAUAAUCAUGUAGUGAAAUGUGUUUGUAAUUUUGUCUCAAAUUAAUUUGUUGUAAAGAUGGGAGGGGAAAAAAAUUACUGGUUUCGCCAUUUCAGAUCUGUGUUGUCUGAGAGUAUUACCGUUUUAAUUAUGUUUAAGCAAAAAUGCUGAUUUUUAAUAUGUAUGUAAUUGUUUUGAAAAUGCACACAUUUUAAGAGAAAAUACUGUGCAAUGAAAGAAAUCCAGUUUAGGCUUUGCGAUAAAUUAACAGUUCCAAAAAACUCAGCUGCUGCAGCCCUGUAAAUUCUUUUCAAACUCUGACCAUUUUUUAAAAUUUUAUUUUAAAUAUACUUCAUUUUAUGUGUUCAACAAUUAAAUGCCUUGGGUCAUUCAUUUCAUCACAGGAUUCUACAACUCCUUCAGAAAAACAGCCAAUUUUUUGUAGAUAUUUAGAAAAAAGUUCUCUCAUCUUUGUGAUAGCUGGCAUUCAUGCUUUAAUUGCAAACCUACCUGGCUCACUCUGCAAAUAAGGGUCGCUUCAUACAUUCAUAUAUUCACAUUUUUAGUACAUGCUUGUAUUAUACAUGCUGAAAAAUAUAUAUCCCAAAACACAUUGUAAUAAAAUAAACAUACAGUUCAAAUCAAAGGGGUUUCCCAAUUGGCCAUGGCUCCCUGAGCUGUAUGCUCUGGUCGGGAAAAAUAUGUUCUUGACAAUGUGUGAAGCAGUCCUAAAUCUUCGAUUUGGAGCCUUAAUAAGCAAAUUUUACCAUGAAUUCAUCUCAGGGUUAUUGCUAUAUUCUGAUUUCUCUAACCGAUGUCUUAGCAAGGAUAACGUCUGUUCCCCAUCAUAAAAGAGGGAGGUUAUGCAUUAUCCAUCCCAGUUUGUGAUAUCUUUGUGAAUCAAAUCUCCAUGUAUCACUGGUAUUACUGUAUCUUGGACUGAUUGUUUUACAUUUUUAUUAUUUAAUAUGGAUUCUUUGCUUUUGUUAUUAAAUUCCAGUAUGUUUUUGAAAA